GUCAAAAAAGCGUUGUGUAACUUAUAAAAAUUUAGUCGGUUGUUUGUUUGCCGGAAUCAGCUGUAGCCCGCAGUUUGAUUCGUUAUAAAAUGGAAAACAUAUCAAAGGUGUGGUUGGGUCCGCUUCCCGCUGACUCGCCCUAUGUGAAACCAUUUCGCAUGUAUUACGUUCAAAAUGGCGUCGAAAAGAAUUGGGAUUUACUGAAGGUGCACGACAGCGUUGCGAUUAUAUUGUUCAACACAACGCGUCAGAAACUUGUGCUCGUGCGUCAGUUUCGUCCGGCUGUUUAUCACGGUGUGAUAGCCAGCAAGGAGGGCAGUUUUGACGAUGUCGACCUGUCGGCCUUUCCGCCAUCGAUUGGCGUGACCUUGGAACUGUGCGCUGGCAUUGUGGAUAAGUCGAAAAGCUGGAAAGAAAUUGCACGCGAAGAAAUGCUUGAAGAAUGUGGCUACGAUGUGUCCGUGGAGCGCAUCGAGGAAGUCAUGAAAUAUAGAUCUGGCGUUGGUUCAUCGGGCGCCAGACAAGAGAUGUACUAUUGCGAAGUAACCGAUGCGGAUAAAGUUAAUAGCGGAGGCGGCGUGGAAGAUGAAUUGAUUGAGGUGGUGGAACUGUCAUUGGAUGAGGGAAAGCGCAUGGUGCAGCAGGGCGCCGUUAACAAUAGCCCACCCAGUUGCCUUAUGGGUCUUAUGUGGUUCUUUGCAAACAAAGCGCCUAAAAAUGUUUAGACCCCCUCGCAUCCAUCCGCUGUAAUCGCGCAUUUGUGUUAUCUGCUCUGAUAACAUCUCCAUAACGAUAAUACUCUGCGCUGAACCAUGGACGAAAAAUAUACACACACAGAACUUCACAUGCUUUCCAAUUCACAACUGAAUCAGUUAACACGCGUAGCGUAACUAAAUUGCAAUGCCUCUCGAGUCCACACUUACUUAGUACUUAUAU